AUGGCUCUCAUGAAGAGCUCUCCUGCUAAGGCCUGCUUCAAGUCCAGCUGUCUGAAUUCUGCUCAUGCUCAACUGGGGGUCUUACACAAAAUGCUCUGCUCAGGCGCAAGACCCAGGCCCAACACCCCCUGUCAGUUUCCUCUUCCUCAGAAUCAGCAAGGCCGCUGUAGGGUAAGGAGGUGCUCUGUUCCCACGGAACGUUCUACAGCUGGACCAUUGACCCCCGCCCAAGCCGACACACUAAGACAGGUCCAGGAGAUUUUGGGGGGGUUGAUGUCUGGAGCCAAGUGUAAAUUGGACCCAGCUAAAGUCACAGAACGGCUGCUGAGUCCCAAUGGACCAUUGCGCGACAUUCGUAGCCUGCAAACCCAGCUUCAGAGCUUGGAGGGAGUCCUGGAGACGAGCCAGAACACCAUCAAGAUCCUGCUGGAUGUCAUACAAGACCUGGAAAAGAAAGAAGCUGUGCGAGAUGGACAUUUGUACAGAACUGGACAGGACAUUGAAAACUGUGGCACCUGCAGGGACUGUGCCUGCAUCAUCUACAGGUAA